AUGUCCUGCAAGCAUCUCGUUCUUUUAGCAGCCUGCACUGUCCUGUUGCUGAUUGCGUCCGUCUCAUCGGCAGCAGCUAGUGAAUCUGUUACGAAUAACGAUCCAGAAUCGGUGGCUAAAUCAUAUUUCGGAUACCAGCCGAAACCGAACGACUCGUACAAGAAGCUGGUGGAAGACGUGGAUGAGUUUACGCGCCUUUACCUCGAAGAGUUCACUGCGCUGGGAGAGAAAAUCGAAACCCUGCACAAGAAAUUGUACCACCGGAAGGAUAAAGAUCAUGGUGGAUAUAAUUACAACGAUAUGGCGCAGAUGCACAAACUGCUAAGCCAACAAAAGGCUGCCCUGGAUGCGCUUCGUAGUGAACGACCAAGUGUUUAG